AUGUCUUCGUUUUUCUGGAGACACUUCGUCUGUCUAUUCGUUUUAUUUGGUGCCACACAAGGCGCUAUCACGUAUACUUUCGUGUUCAAGGAGAGUAAUUUGAACAAUUUCUUGCAAGUCUACUAUUUGAAUGUUCAAGUCGAUAUCACUUUCUCGGAUAAUGGUGUGGCGGUUUUCACGACAUCCGUGGCGAAUGUGUCGCCGUUGCAUUUUUCAAUGUGGGUCAAUGGGAGGAACUGCGGCAUUCUCAACCUAAUCUGCAAAUUUCAAAUCCAGCCGAACCAGCUGCUCAAUAUAGUUGUGAAUAAAAUUGAUAUGCAAUCCAAUCUUAUCAGUUUCCUGUACCGCGGUGGCAGUCAGUCACCCGAUGUGUAUAUCAAUGGGUGUUCUGAAACGCUGAGUUUAGGCGGGUGCUCUUAUGGAUCUCAGUAUUCGACGGACACACGUGGCAACUCGUUUGCCGACUCGAUUUGUAUAUGUCAUUCGAUUGUGGCGAGUUGCUUUUUGUCGUCCAAUGAUACUUGCAUUAGCAACCGCCCAUUCUGGAACUACGACCCAACAUCAGAUUCUACAACUUUGGCAAUUCCAAGCACCUCCAGGUUAACCACUAGCACGGAAGCUUCCACUACUACAGUAACCACUACGGUAGCCAAGACUACAGUACCCACGACCACUACAGUAGCCACAACAACUACAGUACCCACAACGACAAAGCUUACAACGACUACUGUAGCCACCACUACAGUACCCAAGACUACUGUAGCCACAACAACAACAAAGCUUAUCACGACUACAGUAACCACCACCAAGCCAACUACAAGCAGCACUAGCACGACCACAACAACUACUUCUACUACAACGGUGAGGAACUCCACGAAUGCCACGUCAUCUUCGACGACGUCACCGCCUACUACGACGACACCGGACAUGUUUGUGCCGACGCUGAAAAAUUUGAGCGAUAGUGGUGUCGGGAUUAAUAACGUGUCUACCGUACUCAACGAGACACUGGUCUACUCGAAAAUCGGUGUCAACCUGAACGCCACACAAGUCAUGGAAAUAUCGACGAUUCUUAUCAAUGCGGCAAAUGUGCCCGGAUUGAAAGCCGAGAACUCCUGGUCAAUCUUACGGAAUUUGGAUAACAUGUUGUAUGUGACACCGACGACGAUGUAUCAGAGUGGGAACUCGGCGCAGAGGUAG